AUGGCUAUUGGCGAUACAUCCAGCGCGCUCGUGCUCGCUGCAAAGCGCAGCCAAGCGCUUACUUAUCUUCCGCAGUACCAGAAUGAGCUCGUCCGUGCUGUUGUUCACGAGACGCGCGAGUUCAAUACUGAGGCACAUGGUAUCCUCCAGGCGUCACUCAACCCUUCUCAAGACGCAGCCACGGCAUGCGCGCUCCUCGUCAACCAUCUCGCCAUGCGCCGAAACAAGCGAUGUCUGCUAGCAUACCACCGAACGCGCUCGGACAAACUGGAGGAGAUGUGCUGGAAUGGCAUCGACGUGCUGGAGCGGCAACAGCAGGCUGGCGGCAAGGAUGUGGGCGGCGCCACGGGCAGCAGCAGCAUCAGCAGCCUGAGCCCGGAGGAGGAGGAGUACGUGAGGCAGUACAGCGAUCUACUGGCGGCGUACAAGGGCCAGUGGACUGAUAUCGACCUCACCGGCAGCCUGGAACCACCGCGUGAUUUGUUCAUCGACGUACGCGUACUCAAAGAUGCAGGAGAGAUUCAGACAGAGUACGGAGCGAUUACCUUGACGAAGAACAGCCAAUUCUACGUGCGUCAGGGCGACGUCGAGCGCCUCAUCCAGCAGGGCUAUCUUCAGCGGCUCACAUGA